AUCGGCGAGGACCAGCAGAUGCAGGCCGAAAUAGAGGUGCUUAAAAAUGCACUGGCCGAUAAGCACUCCCAGCUAUUAGCUAUGGAGAAUGCCUGUCUGCAGGAAAGUGACCGGCAGGUGGAGCUAGAAGAUAGUAUAAUCGCUUGGCAGGAUAAGUACGAGCGACUUUAUGAAUCACACAAGCGGGUCCAGAAAGUGAAUCAGAAUCUGGAGGACAAGUUGCUAAAACUGGUGGAUCGGAAUUCGGGCGAACGGGCUCAGCUGACGAGUGAUGUGGCCACCCUAAGUGUGCGGUUAGCCCAAGCAAACUAUAACAUUCAGAAUUUGAAACGGGAAAUU